AUGUUCGCCCCAGGCCGUCAGCGAAGCGGCCUCCAAGGUGAUAUAGACUGCAAUGAACGGGGAGCCGAUGGUAUAUUAGACAUUGAUACUGAUAGCAGAGUCCAAGAUCAACAAGCAUCCAACCAGCAAAAAGAACAGGAAGCUAUACAGGAAGUAGCACGGGAAAUCGGAAAGGAAAUUGCAAAGGAACUUGCAAGGGAAAUCGGGAGGGAAGUCGGGAAGGAAGUCGGGAAGGAAAUCGCAAGCGUUAUUGCAGGGGAAAUCCCACGAGCAGCCAGACUGGAGGCUACACAGGAAGAUACACAGAAAGUUAUACCACGGGAUACACCCCAGGGAGAUGCACCACAGGAAGUUAUACCAGGAGGACUUGCACCACGAGAAAUUGCACCGCAGCAGGUUGCUCAGAACAUUCAGCAGCCCGUAAACCAACUGGAUAACGAGCAAAUCCAACUCCUCAGGGCUACAAUGACUCGGGCGUCACUUCGGUCAUCAUGGCGGCUACAACUAACGUUUCCACACGGCUCCGAGUCCCUCGUGGAUGAAUUUUGCACCGAGUUCAACCGGAAUCUGUCCUGGUCCCAUAUACUUAAACGCAAAGCUUCAUCUGCCUACAUUCUAGAUGCUCCGGAUCCCCCGGACCCGGCUUUAGGCUGCCGAGUGAUAUUGCCAGUGCAUGGGCUCGUGCAAGUGGCCCCGGUGCCGAUCCCGACUCUGCAUUUCGGGAGCAAGAGGGCUGCGAAAAACUUCAAAAAACACGCCUAUGUGUUUGAGCACCCGCCUGAGGACGCAGAAUCCCAAAAGUCGUUGUAUAUGCCUGCGAUGUCGAUUGAUGCGUUCCGGGAGAAGUUGAGUAGUAGAGGAUCAAGGGUUUGGAGCUGGUGGCCGAAUCCUAACUCUCAUCUUCAUUCUGGGGCGUUUUGA